UCCCAGCCAUCCUCAUUCCCGGCUGUUUGUUUAAAUCCCAGGGUGGGAAGUGUGUGCUCCCCGUUCCUGUCCGGCUCAUCACCAUGUUCUUCCUGACCCCAGUCUUGGUAGCCGUCAUCUGCAUUCUGGUUGUGUGGAUCUUUAAAAAUGCUGAUGGAAGCCCCGGGAAGAGGAAAGAGGAAUCUCCAGCCAGGACCCAGGCUCGUCCCUGGGUGGAUGAAGACUUGAAAGACAGCUCUGACCUCCACCCAGGGGAAGAAGUCGCAGAUGCUGACGAAUGGCAAGAGUCCGAAGAAAGUGUGGAGCAUAUCCCAUUCUCACACACUCGGUAUCCUGAGAAGGAAAUGGUAAAGCGAUCCCAGGAAUUUUAUGAACUUCUCAAUAAGAGACGGUCUGUUAGAUUCAUCAGUAAUGAGCAAGUUCCAAUGGAAGUCAUUGAUAACGUCAUCAAAGCAGCAGGCACAGCCCCAAGUGGGGCUCACACAGAACCCUGGACUUUCGUGGUGGUGAAGGACCCAGAAGUGAAACAUAAGAUUCGUGAGAUCAUUGAGGAGGAAGAGGAAAUUAACUACAUGAAAAGGAUGGGACAACGAUGGGUCACGGACCUGAAGAAACUGAGAACCAACUGGAUCAAAGAGUACUUGGACACAGCUCCAGUUUUGAUUCUCAUUUUUAAGCAAGUACAUGGGUUUGCUGCAAACGGCAAGAAGAAGGUCCACUACUACAACGAGAUCAGCGUGUCCAUCUCCUGUGGCAUGCUCCUGGCUGCCCUGCAGAAUGCAGGGCUCGUGACUGUCACCACCACUCCUCUCAACUGUGGCCCUCGUCUGAGGGUGCUCCUGGAUCGUCCCCCCAAUGAAAAGUUGCUGAUGCUACUCCCUGUGGGGUACCCCAGCAAGGAGGCCACGGUGCCAGACCUCCAUCGGAAACCUCUGGACCAGAUCAUGGUGUCUGUGUAGGCAGGAGAUUCAAGGAGGUACAUGCCUUCCUCUCUCCUGCAAUUUCUCUGGGCUCUUCAGGCUGUCCUUUUGGGGGGGAUGGGGUGGGAGGGGAGUUCAUCUCCUCAGCACUCUGUACCACGGGGCAGGCCACUGAGUAUAUGCAAAGCUUUCCACAUUCUCCAGCACCAAGUGUGAGCAAUCUUGUCCGUAGUAGUGUGACUGGGAGAACAGAUAGACGACAUGUUAUGUUCUAAUCCUGUGUUCUCAUCCUUUGUUCUCUCCUGUGUCUCAUCGAUUUUGGAGAUGCAUUAAAAUGGUACCAAGGA